CAAAGAUCUUUAUUCAACAUAAGGUAGGAAGGCCGGAACGAAAAGACGAGAAUAAGCGCAGAAGAAUGCCGCUCUCUCGCAACAACCCAAGACGAAUGAAUAAGGCAUUAAAUUGAAGACAAUGACAGGAAAUUCCACAAACGAUGAUUCUAACUUAUCUGUAGAAAUUAUCUUGUACAUUAUGCCGAUCACUGGAAUCAUCGCCAACACAUUCGCCAUUCUUUCCUCUGCUAGACUGCUUCAGCUACAACCGCUUAGCCCUAAUGUCUUCGUGCUUGGAUUAUCAUGCAUCGACCUGAUCUCCAUCACAUUUUUUUGUGUUCCAUCUUGGUUAUUCCACAUCAAAGGCGAAUGGGUUGGCGGGAAGAAACUUUGCGAUUUCCAGGGAUUUGUCUUCCUAUUUUCGACGCUUUGUUCAGCGUUCUUAGCAACUUUAAUGGCGGUCGAUCGCUGCAUAGCCGUCACCAAACCAUUUUUUCAUCGCAAAACAAUGACAGUAAACAAGGCAAAAGUGCUACUGUCAGGAGCUAUAGCAGCGUCCUUGUUCGUCGCGUUUUUUCCCAUCUUGAAAUUUGGAAGCUUUGUGAGAAGCUCAAGUGGCUCUUUUUGUACUUUAAACUGGUUUCCGAAAAACGCGCUUGACCGCACGUUCUGUGCGUUUUACGCAGUUCUCGGUGGUCUACCUGCGACCGUAGUCCUAUUUUGUAACAUAACAGUCAUCUGGGAACUGUUUAGAAACAGGAAACGCCGGGUAUCGGUGACGAACAUGAUUCUUCCUGGAGCACGACGGAUGGCACAGUUUAGAAACAUCGAACGAGAGGACACCGAAAUACAGUUCUCAAGAACGAUGGUACUAAUUUCUGUAGUGUAUCUCUUUGGCUGGAUUCCAUUCAUGGUCCGUCUAAUAGGGAACGCUUUUUACCACUGGGAAAACAGCACUGCAGAUCUUCUUGUCUGCUCGUUUCUUCUGCUAAACUUCAUCGCUGACCCUUUUAUGUAUGUCCUUACACGAAAACAAUAUCGUCAAGUACUUAAGAUGAUGUUAUUGUGUCGAUGCAAAGGAAGGCUAAACAAUCGUGUUUUUCCCAUCACCGGUAACAGUAAAAAUCCCAGCAUAUCAUCAGCGAGUCUGCAAGCCCUUUGUUUCUCAGCGAAUGAACAGCAGCUGAAACAACUACGGGAGAUAUUGAAGAGUGCCUCACCACAUCCAUCCAGAAUGGAAGACAGAGAUAAACAGAAAGACAAGACCAGUUGUCUUGAAUCCACUCAGCCGCUAGGAAAUACAGGAAACCUUCCUCAACAAACCGAAUGCUUCUAGCGUGGUUGUUCCCUUACCUCAGUGCUUGGUCGCAAAAGCGGGUGAAAAAUUGUCUCUCCUCCCUCAUUCACCAGAAAAGCGUACACCGAUCCCCACUGGUCGUUCAACAGGAUGUUCUCAAUCUCUUCCAGUGUGGCAUCAAUUCCAACCACACCUAUAGUCCUAGGAUGAGACAAUAAUAACUCGACUUAAAUCCUUGAUUCAAAAAAAGGCAGCGAAAUGAGUCCCAGAUAAAAUCAGAGACAAUCCGUUUGGAGAGCUGAAACCAUGAUUUCUUCCUAUUCCAACGUGGUACGCGUUCAGAAAUUGAAACUAACUUCGGAAGUAAUGGAGCGUACUUCGGUACGCCCGGCUUCGGCUUGUGCUAUUUCGAAAUUUCGAAAACUUAACAAAGAUCUUGUUUGCAGUUGCUUGUUUGAUUAUCUGCUUGCUUGCUCGUUUGAGAUAGAACUUUGUAAAGACAUAAAGAACAAAUUUGAACUUUUGCUAGUUUGAAGCCUACAGUAGGCUAGCAAGACUUGCCAAGUAUGACCUAACGGGGCGUGACAAAGCCAAAAGUGACUGGCUUUGCGUGACCCAAUAGGCCGUGACCAAGCCAAAAAUAACUCAGCGAUGCGUCAUUGAAAUUGUUGAGAAA